GUGGGUGGGAGGAGGCACUGGGCUGUGCUGCCGGGAUGGGGUCAGUGUAGACCCCCCCUCAGUGCUGUGGCAUGUCCCCAGGGCUGUGGGCCCAUGGGGAUGUGGGGGAUGAGCAGCAGACAGCGGGGGUCACCGCACGGCUGAGGGCUGAGCCAGACAGGGAGGGAGUUGCUGGCUGAGCACAGAUGCACUCAUUGCAGCAAUGGCCAGGCAGGGACACUGUGUGUGCUAAGGGCAUCCGCCCUAUGGCGUGAGGACCGUGGCAGGGAGGGGACAGGGGCUUCUCCUAGCAUGGCAAAGCACUGAACCUCCCACCGUGGCACAGCCAGGCACCUUGCUGACCCCCCCCCAUUGGAGCUAUAUAGGGUUUGUUUUGGGGUGCCCCCAUGCCUAUGCCCCAGGGUCCCAGUGGGUGCUGGCCCCACCUGCGCGGGUGCAGUGGGGAUCAGCAGAUCACUCCUCAGCAGCAACAGCAUCUAUUUAUAGCAGCCCCCGGCCCCCCCGCUAACCAGCACCGCUCAGCGUUUAUUAAUGCCGACUGCCCGUCACCAAAACAAGAGGGUUUAAUUCGGCAUCAGCCCCACGGUGGGGACUAGUGCCCCCCCCGCCCGCCCCGGGGGCCCGGGGCUGUCCCCUGGGGUGGCAGCGGGGUCAGAGGUGGUGGCACAGGGCCGGGAACAGACGCGGGCAUCACCCGCGGGGCCGGCAGAGCCACAAUGCGGCUUUGUGUCCCCGGUACCAUUGGGGACAUGAAGCAGAGGCAGGAAAACAAGGGGCUGCGGGACGGCAUGACGCGGUGCCUGGCCAGCCCUGCCGCUGCUGGGGACGGCCACGCCGCAGGGAUCGGGGCUGCCGGCGGCACUGCUGGAGCGGGGAGAUGCUGCCAGGCAGCCGGUGCCCGUCCCGGAGGCACUCCUGCAUCGGCUUCGACCUGGAGAAUGGCCCCCCAGGCCGGGGUGUGCUGGACCCCCAGGCAAGCCCGGGUGCAGGGCUGGUCCUGCAAGGCACUUUUCCCCAUGGCCAGCGCCGCGAGUCCUUCCUCUACCGCUCUGACAGCGACUAUGACCUCUCCCCGAAAGCCAUGUCCCGCAACUCCUCCAUUGCCAGCGACCUGCAUGGAGAAGACAUGAUCGUCACACCGUUUGCCCAGGUCCUGGCCAGCCUCCGCACCGUCCGGAGCAACCUGACCCACCUCCAGGACCGUGCCGGCAUCAAGCGAGGGUCGAGCAGCAGCCUGCCCUCUGGGAGCAAGGCCAGCCUUGCCGCAGAGGAUGCCCACCAGAAGCUCUCGCGGGAGACGCUGGAGGAGCUGGACUGGUGUCUGGACCAGCUGGAGACACUGCAGACCAGGCACUCGGUCAGCGAGAUGGCCUCCAACAAGUUCAAAAGGAUGCUGAACCGGGAGCUGACGCACCUCUCGGAGACCAGCCGCUCGGGGAACCAGGUCUCCGAGUACAUCUCCAGCACCUUCCUGGACAAGCAGCAUGAGGUGGAGAUCCCUUCGUCGCUGGCCAAGGACAAGGAGAAGGAGCGGAGGAAGCGCCCCAUGUCCCAAAUCAGCGGUGUCAGGAAGCUCACGCACAGCUCCAGCCUUGCCACCUCUGGCAUCCCCCGCUUUGGGGUGCGGACGGACCAGGAGGGGCUGCUGGCCAAGGAGCUGGAGGACACCAACAAGUGGGGGCUCAAUGUGUUUAAAGUCGCCGAGUACUCAAGCAACCGCCCGCUGACUGUCAUCAUGUACAGCAUCUUCCAGGAGCGCGACCUGAUGAAGACCUUCCGCAUCCCCGUCAACACCUUCAUCACCUACAUGCUGACACUGGAGGACCACUACCAUGCCGAUGUGGCCUACCACAACAACAUCCACGCUGCCGACGUGGCUCAGUCCACCCAUGUCCUCCUCUCCACACCCGCACUGGAGGCUGUCUUCACAGACCUGGAGAUCAUGGCUGCCAUCUUUGCCAGCGCCAUCCAUGAUGUUGACCACCCUGGCGUCUCCAACCAGUUCCUCAUCAACACCAACUCGGAGCUGGCGCUGAUGUACAACGAUGCCUCGGUGCUGGAGAACCACCACCUGGCUGUGGGCUUCAAGCUUCUCCAGGAGGAGAACUGUGACAUCUUCCAAAACCUGAGCAAGAAGCAGAGGCAGUCGCUCCGCAAAAUGGCCAUUGACAUGGUGCUGGCCACAGACAUGUCCAAGCAUAUGAAUCUACUGGCGGAUUUGAAAACUAUGGUGGAGACCAAGAAGGUGACCAGCCUUGGGGUGCUGCUGCUGGACAACUACUCCGACCGGAUUCAGGUCCUGCAGAAUAUGGUGCACUGCGCCGACCUCAGCAACCCUACGAAGCCACUGGAGCUGUACCGGCAAUGGACUGACCGCAUCAUGGUGGAGUUCUUCCGCCAAGGCGACCGGGAGCGGGAGAAGGGGAUGGAGAUCAGCCCCAUGUGUGACAAGCACACCGCCUCCGUAGAGAAGUCCCAGGUGGGCUUCAUCGACUUCAUCGCCCACCCACUGUGGGAGACGUGGGCUGACCUGGUGCACCCCGAUGCUCAGGAGAUCCUGGACACGCUGGAGGACAACCGGGAAUGGUACCAGAGCAUGAUCCCACGCAGCCCAUCCCCACCGCCCGAGGGACCUGGAGUGUCCCCUGCCACCACCGACAAGUUCCAGUUUGAGCUGACGCUAGAGGAGGAGGAGGAGGGUGAGUCGGACACAGAGCUGGAGGGGGCCGAGAGCCCCUUGGAUGAGGACAACAGCGGCUCCAAGACACCAGCCACAGAUGACUCGGAGCUGGCUGACACCGAGCACCCAUCACCCGGCCCUGGGGACCAGGACUCGCCUCCUGUCACCCACCCCAGGGACGUGGACAACCGGCAGGCACUGGAGGGGAUGCUAACAAAGGACAGUGGUGGCGGCGGCGGGUGCUCGGUGCUGGGGCCUGAGGGCAGCCAGGGGCUGUGCCUGGACACAGAGGGCAAUGUCACAUUCCUGCCCCUGGGCACGUAGCGGCACCAGCCAGUGGGUCCCCUCACUGCUGUGGGGACGCGGGACUGGGGACUGCCCCAGUACCGCAGGGACUGUGGCAGCUGCUGGGACAUGGAGGGACCCAAAGCAUGUCCCUGUGCAGGAGCUGGGCAGGUCCUAAUGGACACAAGGAUGCCGCUCACCCUCUCCCAGUGACCGUCCCCUGUUCCCACCCAGCAUGCCUGUGCACGGCUGCUGGGAAAGGUCCCUGUCCCCUUCAGACAGGGCUUGGGGAUGAUGUGCUCCUGCCCCAUCCCAGCCCUGGGGGCAUCAUGCCCCACUGAGCUCUGGGGAGAGGUCCCCCACGGGGCCAGGCACAGCCAAAAGCAUUUUGAUAUCUCUCUGGGUGGCCCCUUGCACAACAGCAGUCCCACGGUGGGACGGCGAGGUGGGUAAAGGGUGCUGGUGACAGCCCCCAGCACCAGGGACCUCAGUGCAGCCAGGCACCGGGGCACGGCACAGGCAUGAGUCAGUAGUUUAUUUAAUUAGGGACAGGUUCACUUUUUAAAGCCUUUUGUAGCUCACUUUUUAAUACAAGCCUCACCUAGGUGCACUCACACGCGUUCCUGUGGCAGAAAGACACAUUUCUGCUCUGUGAUCUGCACUCGAAAUGCUGCGUUUGUACUUUGCACUGUGGGCCCCGGUGGGUGCCAUGACCCCCCGCAUCUCUGCAGGGGCCAGGGCAGCCCCCGGGGUCCUUUUGGUUUCUUCCUUCACCUUCUAGAAAUUAAACCUGGGGUUUUUUUCCCCCUCCCCAAAUGUGA